GUCUCUCCCCGUGCGGUCGGCCGAACGGUAGCUCCUACAAGGAUACAAGGGCAAAAAGGAUACAAGGGCAAAGGCGGCAGCCCGUCUUUUUUCAUUUUUCAAGUCGACUACUACUCCCAAUACGCCAUGAAGAUCGUCACCGAGGAACAGCUUGCGGGUCACAACGAUGCCACUUAUCGAGGUGCAACCGAAGGCCUCUUGGGCAGUGCUGCCUUCGCUAUACCUGCCUCCUUCAUCCUCAACCGUAGAUGGGCUUACUACAGGUCUCUUCCUCUGCCACUCAAAGUCAUGGGUGUGGUCAUGGUAGUAGCACCUUGUGUAACUAUCCAAGCAGAACGACGAGGUUUGGAGUUUGAUAGAGAGAAUAACUGGACCGGAGCCGGGCGCAUGGAACUAGACCGUGUCGCUGCUGAAAAAGAAGCCCGAUGGAGUGCUUUGUCGGUGAAGCAGAAAGUCGCUGACUGGGCGUCUCGCAAGCAGUAUGCAAUAAUCUUUGGAAGUUGGGCACUUUCGAUGGCCGUCGCAGGUGCCAUCGUUGCAAGGGACAAGUACUUGCAUUUCUUUCCAUGUGUUGUUUACUGCUGAACAGUCGUCUGCCCUGCACUCUGCAGAUAUCAGAGCGUGCCGCAAAAGGUCGUCCAAGCGCGUGUGUGGGCUCAAGGACUCACGGUCGGUGUAUUGCUGGUUGCUGGUGCUUUGACGCACAGUCAACGACAACAGGCCUUGGAAGCCCGUAAGGCCCCUGUGGAUCACUCCUGGCAGACAUUAGUUCGUGGCUCAUGGCCUGUCCUUGCUUCAGUUCACUGACGGGACUCUUAGCUUGAGGAGCAAGAAAAAGAGCGUCAGCAACGAAAGGAAGCGCAGUUCGAUGUGAUGCCACCUGUCACCGGGACCGCAUCUUCAUAGACACACCAUGAUGACGAUGAUCCGAUUACUUCUUACC